ACAGCGCGAGGACGUCCACACACAACAUGGCAAAAGCAACAACUGUACGAGAGGCUCUGACCAAAUGGGAGGAAAAAACAGGAGAAAAAGCAAAUGAAGCCAAAGCAGUGAAGCUUUAUGGUCAAGUGCCCCCCAUAGAGAAAAUGGACGCCUCUCUCUCCAUGCUCAGCAGCUGCGAGAAGCUCUCACUGUCCACAAACUGCAUUGAGAAGAUCACAAAUCUAAAUGGUCUAAAGAAUUUAAAGAUAUUGUCACUAGGGCGAAAUAACAUUAAAGUACUAAGUGGACUGGAGGCUGUUGGCGACACACUGGAGGAGCUGUGGAUUUCUUAUAACUUAAUUGAGAAACUAAAAGGAGUGCAUAGCAUGAAGAACUUGAAAGUCUUGUACAUGUCCAACAACCUGGUCAAAGAAUGGGUUGAGUUUGUGCGGUUAGCUGAACUGCCAUGUCUUGUGGACCUGGUUUUUGUGGGUAACCCUCUGGAAGAAAAGCACUCAUCUGAAGGAAACUGGAUGGAGGAGGCAUCGAAGAAACUCCCCAACUUAAAGAAACUGGAUGGAACACCAUUGAUCAAGCAAGAGGUUGAUGACGGAGAAGCCGAGAGCUGAAGAACUCAGUUUGUCCAUGUUUUUAUAUUGUAUGGUUUUUUUUAAAAUUACCAUUAUAAGCAAAUCAUGUAAGAUUUCAAAAUAUCUUGCGAACAGCCAAGAACUACUGUUUACUUCUUACUGUUUAAGCACAGUUCAUGAUGCAGUUGGUCAUGUUAAAACCGUUCUAAGCUAUCAAGGACAUUUUAGUCCUUUUACCUGUUAAUUAAAGUUUUACAAAUGUGUUUUUAUUAUUCCAAAAAGCACAUAGUUACCAUAGGACCAAGUGUUAAAGUAACAUUAUUGGACAUUUUCAGGCACAGUAUCCAGAAGAACAAUUUUAUAAACAGAAAUUGUACACUUCUGUUUUCUUCGGUUCUAAUUACCAAAGCAAACUGGUCUCCUUAAAAUUUCUCAGGGAGUACCUCAAACGUACCUUAAUUUAAUAAGCAAAUUGUAGCAUUAUUUUGUGAUAAAAAAGGGGCCUUGAUGCCUAAAAAAAUCUCUUCCUCUGCCAAAUACUGAAUUUCUUUUGGCACAUUUGUACAAAGGUUUACUCUCUGCAUUUCUGUGUAAUCUGUUUGUCCAUCUGUGAAUGAUUUAGUGUUGUAUUCUGUACUGUACUUUAUACACUUUGGUGGGAGAUUCUACAUUUCUCCCAUCCCAUACCUAAAGACUUAAGAUUUGGGUUAAUGAAUGUAGCAUGUAAUUGAAAUUGUUUGUUCAGGUUUGUUUUUUUAUGUUUUAAAUAAAUUGUCAAUUGUC